CUCCUCUCUUCCACUCUCCGGUCCUCCACUCCACAGUUCACUUCCACCUAAAUUCACGUCUUCUCCACAAAGCCUCUUUCUUCCACCGAGCGAUUAAAGCUCGAAAAGCGCUCACUGCACUCGACGUAACCGUACAGUGGGUCAUUCCCCCUUCGUUAACUAUACCGUUAGUCUGGCUCUGCCAUUGUUUUUUCUUUCUUAAAAAAAUGCUUUCUUCUCCGAUUUACCUGACGAAAGUCGCUUAAACCCCCAUUUCAAGAAAUACAAAAUCUUGAGCCGAGAUCUCCGUAAAAAUAAAAUAUAACAUGAAAUAAUUACAAAAAUAAUUUCUUUAACCUCGGCAAAUCCAUCUCUUUCUUGAAUCCACACGUUGAAUCCUUGCAGAUAAAUCCUGAUUAAAAAAAAAGAAAAAAAAAGAAGAAAAAAUGGAUCAAGAUGAAAAAACCCCACUUCAAGAAGAGCAUUGCCAGAGGGGAAAAGCCCCUAAGAACGGGAUUUUUUGCCUGAUUUUGAGCCCUUUUAAUUUCUUGAAGAAGCUGAGCAACGAGCUCCACUGGAGCUUCGUGUCGGCAGUUGUGGUGGUGUACGGAAUCAAUCAGGGGAUUGGUUUGGGGCUGAGCAAAGUGAGCACGCAGUAUUACAUGAAAGACGAGCAGAAAUUGCAGCCUUCUGAGGCACAGGUUUACCAUGGAAUAAUCAUGAUGCCUUGGAUGGUGAAACCCUUGUGGGGCCUACUCACUGAUACAGUCCCAGUUGGCGGCCGCCGCAGGAGGCCGUACUUCAUCUUUGCUGGCAUGAUAGGUGCUAUAUCCAUGAUAACUCUAUCACUUAAAAGCAACUUGUACCUCGGGUUUGCUUUGUUGCUCUUAAUAUGUGGGAGUGCUGGGGCUGCCAUAGGAGACGUGACUAUCGAUGCCUGUGUAACUGAGAACAGCAUAAUCCAUCCUUCUCUUGCUGGUGAGAUGCAGAGUUUGUGUGGUUUAUGCUCGUCUGUCGGCCAAUUAGUUGGAUACAUGCUUAGCGGAUUUUUGGUUCAUCUGAUUGGAUCCAAGGGUGCUCUCGGGGUCCUUAGUAUUCCAGCUGCAUUAGUGAUUUUGGUGGGGUUGUUUAUACAAGAGCCCUUAAUCCGAAAUUUUAAUUACAAGAGAGUUAGUUAUAAAUUUGUCGAUGCUGGUCGGUCUAUGUGGGCUGCUCUCAAAUGUACGGUUGUUUGGAGGCCGUGUUUGUACAUGUACCUGUCCCUUGCCGUUAGUCUGCACAUACAUGAGGGCAUGUUUUAUUGGUAUACGGAUGCAAAUGAUGGGCCUGUUUUUUCCCAGGAAAUGGUGGGGUCCAUAUCAGCCUUUGGCGCAAUCGGCUCACUUUUCGGUGUCCUCCUCUACCAAAACGCCUUUCGGGCCCACCCCUUCCGUCAGGUUCUCUUUUGGGCCCAAUUGCUAUACGGGCUUUCGGGCCUGCUCGACCUUGUAUUGGUCUCGCGCUUAAACUUAGCUCUCGGGAUCCCAGAUUACAUGGUUGUUGUAUUAGAUGCCUCGUUUUCUCACAUGAUUAGUCGGCUAAAGUGGAUGCCACUUCUUGUUUUAAGUUCCAAACUUUGCCCGUCUGGCAUUGAAGGCACGUUUUUCGCUUUGCUCAUGUCUAUUGACCAUGUGGGACAAUUUACUGCUUCAUGGGCUGGAGGGUUUUUGCUGCAUGCUAUGAAUGUGACACGCACGAAAUUUGAUAACUUGUGGUUGGUUAUAGUGAUAAGGAGCUUUUGUCGUGUGCUUCCGGUUGGAAUUUUGUUUUUGAUACCGAGUGGUGAUCCGAAUGAAGCCAUAUUGCCUAUGGACAUGUUGAGAACUAAAAAGGACGAGAGUGAUACUAAUGAUGAUGAUAGUAAUUUGGAGGGUAUUAAUAUGGAAAUGGAACUGUUCGUUAAGGAUCUUGAUUCGCAGUAUUGAGAAAAAAAAAUGAUUCGCUCGAUCUUUUUUUUUUUUAAUUUAUAAAAUUGAGUGCUGAAAGUGAGAAUUUGACAGAUUUUUAGUCUAGCGGAGGGAUAAUCGACUGUUUUCUGAAAUUGUUUGGCUGACAUCAUGUAUCUGUAUCUGUGAUUCUUAAUAUAAAUUAUUCAGGAUUAGAACGAUAUAGGCAUAUAGCAAAUGUGGUUCUACUUGAUGCAUCAAUGGUGUGGAGCAUAAAUAAAACCUGGAAUUAAUGUUGGGGCUGGAAUUGUUUAAUUUUAUUUCUACUAUGAUGUUUAUGUGUUGUUCAUCAUUAAAAUAUCAAGAUCAAUACUUUCU